UGGAUUUGCGUGUCCAAAGCCUUGAGCGAAGAAGAAACGGAUCCUCAUUUCUGAACUCUUCAGUCAGUCUUGAGUCCGAGUCAUUCACCAGAUUUCAUAAAAAUGGUCACCGGGAAAUCAAGCGACCCAGAGCGUCUGCAGCAGCUGAAGGCCUUCGACGACUCCAAAACUGGUGUCAAAGGGAUCGUCGAUGCCGGAAUCACCAAACUCCCACCAAUUUUCGUCCGUCCAAAGAAAGAUCCCUCCGUCGUUGGCGACCGUACGGUUUCAGGUCAUUUCAGUAUCCCAGUGGUGGAUCUGGCUGAAUAUAACGGAAGGCGUGCUGAGGUGAUCGACCAAGUCCGGAGGGCCUCAGAGAGCUAUGGCGUCUUCCAGGUGGUGAACCAUGGGAUACCCAAGAGAGUGAUGGAGGAGAUGAUGGAGGCGGUGCGUGUGUUUCACGAGCUACCGAGGGAGGAGAAGGCGGAGUACUAUAGUAGGGAGAUGGGGAUGAAGGUCAAGUACUACUCUAGCAGUACCAUGUAUGAUUUGAUGUUUGCUGAUUGGAAGGACACUUUGCAGUGCAUCGUAAGUGACGAGCAGUUUGAUCCUCAAGAAAUUCCUCUCGUUUGCAGAGAGAUAACUAUGGAGUACUCUAAGCACGUUCGCAAAUUAGGUGUCACUUUGUUUGAAUUUAUAUCUGAGGCGCUUGGGCUCAAACCUAAUCACCUCAAAAACUUGGAUAUCACAAAGGGGCAUAUGAUUCUUAGUCAUUACUAUCCACCAUGCCCAGAGCCUGAAGUGGCUAUUGGCACUGCUGAACACUCGGAUCCUAAUUUUAUGACCAUCCUACUUCAAGAUCAAAUUGGUGGACUUCAAGUUUUGUACCAAAAUCAGUGGAUUGAUGUUCUUCCUGUACCUGGAGCUCUAGUGGUGAACAUCGGAGAUUUCUUACAGGCAAGUUUUCUUUAUCAUGUACAUUCACAAAGGUUGUUUGCUAUUGCUUCACUACAUAUUGGAGUUAUAUAUAUAUACGAGUAA